UGACAUUUCAGUGUACCUUUUCCAACAUACCAGCUGCAGUUCAGUUUCGAUAUGCACCAGGAAAAAGUUGCUCAUUUGAUAAAUCAAAUUGUGGGAAAAAAUUUUGUAUUAUAGAAAAAGUACAAUGCGAGAAUGACACAACGUUUCUUAUUUCUGUUAUUCCUGAACGAUCAUGGCAUAAUCAGGAAGUUUCCUGUAGACCAGCAUUUGGAGGAAAUCAAUCUAGUAAUAUUAUCAGACUGAAUAUUAUAAUUCCAGUGACAUCUGUGACCUUGGCCGGUGCUGAAAUACCUGUGGAUGCUGGUAAACAGAUAACUCUUACCUGUCAGACAGAUUACUGUAACCCAGCAGCCAACAUCACAUGGUACAAGGACUCAGUUGAUAUCACAAGAAGUGCAUUAUCCCAGACAGAUUUUAACAACAGUCUAGUUGCUACGUUUUCCACACUUCGGUAUGAUAUAACGGUUUACGACAACAACAAAAAUGUAUACUGCUUAGCCAAAAACAUACAAGGAGAUGAAGUUCUAUCCAUCAAACAUCAACUGGAUGUAAGAUCACCAGUUACCUCAGUGACCCUGACACCAGCCCAGAUAACUGUGGAUGCUGGUAAACAGAUAACUCUAACCUGUCAGACAGGUUACUGUAACCCAGCAGCCAACAUCACGUGGUACAAGGACUCAGCUGACGUCACCAGUCAAGCUUCAUCCUCCAUGGACAUUGAUAGCAAUAGCCUUGUGAGAACAACAUCAGUACUACAGUAUACAGGUGUGGCAGGGGACAAUGGUCAACAGGUGUACUGUAAAGCCACCAACGGACCAGGAAACAACAUAGAAUCAAAUGAAUGCAUACUGCAUGUAAGAUAUCCUCCAUCGACUGCCCCUGACAUCACAGCCUCCCCUUCAGGACUUCAGUACAACACAGAAACUACAGUCAACUUGACCUGUCAACUUUCAGGAGGAAACCCUAUUGCCACGUUGUCAUGGAUAUGUAAAAAAACAGGAAUUACAGGAAUCAAUCAGAGUAACUCGACUACAGCUGUCGCUGUAUUGUCGUUGGUGAUGGAUAGUUCCUACAACAAUCAGCUGUGUACUUGUACAGCUAAUCACAGCCUCCUUACCAGCCCUAAAUCUACGAGUGUGUCACUCACUGUAUUUUAUGUCCCCAACAGUGCUCCACAACUGACCCCUAUAGGAUUUACCUCAGUAGAUGAAGGACAAAACAUCACACUACGCUGUACCCUGCCUACACUGGGCAACCCUCAUGUCGCAUGGAGCUGGUAUUGUAAUGAAGACACAAUUCCGGAAGGAGUGAGCAAUACAGGAACCCAGUCAGUUCUGACAUUUACAGCAGGCCGAAAGUACAACCAGAGGACAUGUCAUUGUAGAGCUACAACUACAAGAGCAACAUUGCCAUAUGACGAGAUAUCUAUCAAACAGAGCAUCACUGUAUUUUGUAAGUAUAUUGAAAUAAUGAUGAUUUAA